AAAUCGGAUGAAAUAUGGGUACAAAUGUGUGCGUGUGCGCAAAGUGUCACACUGAAUUCAAAAUCGACAAACAUCAACCGCUCUGUGACAUAAAAUGGAUUUAGAAACGCAAAUAAUCCAUUUGAAUCACCAAAAGAAGUACGAAGAAUUGUCGCAUCUAGUCGACAACACAAGCACCAAAGAGCUAAUCGAAGUGGCGACAAGGAUAGGUCAAUCGAAUGAUACAUUCAUAUCCUAUUGGGACGCUAUUCUGAUAGGAACGGACAGUCUGUCUGAAGGCGAUGAUAAACGAUUCAAGAUCGUAUCCACCGUUCUCGAUCAACUGAACAAGGUGGUUGUAACGCAGAAACAUGCAUACGACAUAAUCUCUCGCUUAUUCAUUGAUCUGCCCAAAUUUACACCAGCUCAACUGAUCGAAUUCACCGAAUACUGUACAGAGUCUAUGAGAUGUGGCGAAGCAAAAUGUGUUGGUUGGAAGGAUCUGUUUCCGCCAGUCUUGAAAUUGGUCAGUGAUUACCAAAAGGUCAUGGUGAAUGGCAUUGUGACGACCGGAGCACAGUUUCGCCAGCAAUGCAUUCAAUCGUUGAUAAUGAUGAAAUGGCCGGUUCAAAUUCUGACACCGAUCGCAAUGAUGUUCAGAGAAAUGCCAAUCACCAAAGAGGAGCGCUCCAAGAUAUUGGGCAAAUUCGCCGACAGUCUACAAGAGCUGGAACCAACCGAACUGCCUCCAUUGGCCAAUCAGUUGUUCGCGCUUACAACUAGUGUACCGCUGGUGUUGAUGGUGUUGUUCAGCUUUCAAAAGUUUUUCCACAAAUUUUAUUAUCGGAAAUUGUUUACCGAUCUGGAUGCCGAUUCCAUGACUGAAACGGACAGUAUCGAUCCGUACCCCUAUUCCGACAAGGACAUGCGCGAGGCAGAAGAGACGAUUUUGUAUCACUUGAGCAAAAGUACGCAGUAUCAACUAACUGAAGACCAGGUUGUGGCUAACUGUCGGGCCCUAUCAGCCGUCUCCAAAUACAUUCUCACGCCAUUCAUGCUCAAUGCACUGUUCUCAAUGUGUAACAUUAACCGUGACCCCUCAUCCACAACCACCCUGUCAAACUCACCGAUUCUGUUGUUCAUUCGCAAUGUCAUCCGAAACAACGAAACGGAAAAGAAAAUGUGCGCACAGUCGGCCUGGUGUAAGGAUGCCUCGGACACAUACGCCGUCGAUUUGGAUAAAAUAUUCGCGAUACUCAUCGAUCAGAGCAGAGAAGGAAUGGAUUCAGUUACGCCGGGCAUUGUGAGUUUGGCUUUCGUCUUGCUGAAGACGAAAGACUGUCCGGAACUGAAUGCCAUCGGAAUCGGUUUCUUGGAAAAGUUCGUCAAAAAGAGAUUCAUUUUCGGCCAGGGGAUCGUUAAGGAAAUCGUCCACUUGAUGAUUGUGAAUCAGGAUUGUAGUCAGUAUGUUGAAUGCCUGACACGACUGAGUCUUAACUGCACGUUAACUGUUUCUGAAUGCAUCGGACCGAUCAGUCAUGUGUUGGAAAAUAUGUUACUGAUUCCCGGCCAAAAUGCGAUUGAUAUGAUGAUGGCCAUCAGUCCUCUGAUGAAAAUAUCGGAGAAGAUUCGGGAUUUAUUUAUCGACGUCCUUCGCAAAGCCAUUUAUGACCGCAAUGUCUCCACCAUCCAGAUGGGAGUACACGGAUUUUGCGUCGUCCUAAAGUUGAUUCGCGACAACAAUUCACGUCGAACUCGAACCGGCAACAUACUCUCUCAACCGACUCUUUCCGGAUUGUCGCUAGCUUCACAAAUCAUCCAAUCGAACCGGAUGCACAAAAGUCGACACUUUGAUAUGUUGGCCCUGGAAAUACUCGGAGUGCUGAAGAGAUGUUUCAAUCAGACCAGUGACGUCAAAGUGACGCUGUACGAGGGAUUGGCCAGAGCCAUCGAAUUCAAUCCGAAAUUGAUUCCGCACCUGUUGCCGUUUUUCACGCAUCAUUUUGUGCAGUACUUCGAUGUAUCGGAUCUGGGAUUCGAGAUUAAAUUUGAGAAAAUUGUGCGCGAACGAAGCGAAAAUGUGUUCGACAUUUGGGAUAGUCUGGGACACUUGGUCUUUCUGAUGAGCCGCAUUGUGGUUCUAGCACGGUCGAACGAUCUACACUGUGAGACAGAGUCGACGAUCAAAAUGCUGGACAAUUUGGUGAAUAAGAUCGAUGUGUUGACCGUGGAGCAACUGGGUCUGGUCGACAAAUUGAACGAAAGGACUAGUCAUGUUGCCGUUCAAUACUUGAAUACCAUUGAGGCACUGAUGGCCUUUGCUUUACACUCAGCAUCGACGGAGAACAAUUACCUGAUAAAACUGUUGCGACUGUACAAACACCAUGCCGCCAUAUUCAAGAAACUUACGGCAGCGAAUGUCACUAAGAAAGCCAGAAAGGGUCGUAACGCAGACACUACUGCCAACACAUCCGCUGCUGUCAAAGCAGUCCAUUUUCAACCCGAAAACAUUUGGGAUCUACCUACGAUACACAUGUUCUUGCAGAUCAUUUACGAAGACGAUGUCCCGUUCGCUACAGCAAAUCAAUUGAAUCCCCUUCGCACCAGUCUGGAUUUCGUUUGUUUCAUUGUCCAGACAGCUUCGCAAAAAAUCACGAAACUCUACAAGGACCCGCAGAAUCGCCAGUUGAAGCACAGCAAGUCAGCGUUCAGUCACUUGUGUGCUGUGGCACGGUUAAAUUUUGGAAAAUGUGUCACCAAUUUGACGGACAUCAUUCAACGAUUCGAUUUAACAUUUGCCGAGCUGAGCAUCGAAUUGUUUCAUCAUUGUUUGACCGCUGGGGAUGUGCUUUUCAAGCGAAAGUUGAACGAAUUCCUGAAUUUUCUAAGUACCAAUCAACCGGCGGAGAAGGUGUCACAGAGUAUAAUCACAGUUUCGAAGGUGAUUCAAGACCAUGUCGAAACUUUGGUGAUAAAUGACAGCGAGGCGGAGAAUCGGAUCAUCAACUUGAUGUUACAAUGCUUGGAUCUGCUUUACAGCAAUUUCCCCGAACAUGAUUCAAAUACGUUGGAGGCUUUCCAAUGGGUCCACAAAAUUUCCUUGGACUAUGACAUCAGCAGCAAGUCCAUGAAUCGCAUUCACAAGCUCCUAUUCGACCUUCGGAUGCAAAAUGAAUUCGGUUCGUACUACGAUUGUGUGGCAUUGCAAAUAUCCCAGAUGCUGCAUCAGCACGAAGAAGUAUCGCUGGAGUGUCGCUUUGAAUUGAAUUCACUAACACCGUACACCGUCAGUUCCUGCAUCACAUACUUGUGCACAUGCCUGCGGCAACAGAUCGAGUUCGUCGAAUAUUUCACAACGAAGGCGAAAAGUUUGCUGGCCAAAUUAAAAAUUACCGGCCAGUGUCCCAGUGUCAUCCAGUCAAUGAGAUCUUUAGAGCGCAAGAUCUGUUGCCAGCUAAUACAUAUUUGCAAUGCCGCCACACAUCUGGCCAAUUCGGCGAUUCCGAUGGGAAUGUGUAUCGAUCAAGUGAAACGAUUGCUGAUUCAAUUGUACGUCUGUCUGACAAACAUAACAAAAUAUCUGAUUUUGCGUCACGCUAUGGUCCCGGUCGACUGCCACUCUGUCCUGUUUGACCAACUCAUCCGAGCUGGUGGUCGUUCUUUAUCCCACAAAGUGUACUGUAUGAUCAGUUACGUUGAAGAGAAACAAUUGCCCGACAAAGUGCUCCGUGAAACGAAAUUCCUGCCGAAGCUCGUUUUACGCAUCGAAACGUUCAACAAGUAUGUCAUUUAUCUGGGUAAAAAGACCAAGUCCGAUCUGGCGAGUUAUCUUCACAUCGGUCGCGUCCGAUAUUUUAAGAUCAAAGAUCUGCAAGACGUUCUGGACCAGACCAUGGAAAAUGGCAUCGAAGUGAGCGAAUCGAAUUUGGACGAACAGGAAGAGGAUGUUGACUUACUAUCCGAUGCAGAAGCGACGUCAGUCGACGAUGGAAAUUCGUCGCAAAUUUCUUCGACGACAGCCAGUUCGAAUCUGACCAAGGAUUCCGAUGUGGGACUGACGAAAGCGAAAAUUUUGCGGAACAUGGAACGCAUUAACAAAAAGGCUAAGAGAUCGAAUAAGGCCGCUGCGAAGGAGAAAGACGCACCGCCGUCGAAACGACGAAAAACGAAAUCGAAAAAUGUUUAGAGCUGAGGUGAUUUGAGUGAAAAUAAAGUUUUGUUGCAUCUGA